AUCAAGUUUGUUAAUGACUUGGAUAAUGUGAAGAUGUACAAUUGGUCAAAAGCAAUUUCAGACAAUCUGAUAGAUUCCAUAAAAAAAAUACAAGAAAAGCCCUGAUAAAGUGGCAGGAUGCGUGACUGUGCUAUCGUAUUGGUUUUGUGAGCACACGAAUGUGUUUAACCCAGUUCAUUCCAGUAUGUUUCCAAGGUUCCUUAAAUGGGAUCUUAAAGGAUGGCCUAAUGAUUUUAAGACAAAACACAUAAGGUGCCUUCAUUCUGACCAGGUGAUUGAUUGUAAUUUGAUAAUGACUGAAAAGGAAAGAGCUGCAAUAGAUAGGCAACUUCUUGAUUUGGAAUCAGAAUCGGAGGACGAUAGUACAAGCAUUAGUUCAGAAUCUAAUGAAGUACCAAGUGCAUCCAGCAAUUCAUCUUCUUCUAACCAGAAUGUGAAUUCCCAACCCACAGAAGGAUCAAUCAGUGCAAACACAAAGUUAAAUGAAGCUUUACUGACAAUUGAUCGCUUGGAAAAAGAGAGGGAUGAAGCAAAGCAAGAGAGUCAAAAGUUGAAACAUGAUAAUGUUGAGCAUGAAAAACAAAUAGCGCAAAUGCAUGGUGAGUUGGAAGAAUUAAGGAAAUCUCUAUUGAGGGAAAAGGAAUUGAAAAAUAUGUUGAACUCAGAGAUAAAUUUUGCGAUUGAUUCGGACAACCAAUCGUAUGAAAAGAAUGCAGCAGGUGUGGGUGAGAAAGAAGACGUGAUUAAAGUUGCUGAAAAUGAUUAUAGUAAAGCAUUGGUUAUAAGGGGAGACGUUUCGCCUACAUCAAUGGUUAAGGCUAUCAAGGGAAAGGAUAGGGUACAAAUAGAGGAGUCAGAUUUUGAAUACGUAUACUACGAUAGAAGAGAUCGAACUAAAAAAGCAAAAAAGGGUGAUGAGCUUAAGGUCCCAGUAGUGUGCAAUGUCGAGGAUUAUAAAGCAUCCAAAGAUGUUAGCAAACCAAAACGCUUGCAAAAGAAUACAAGAACUUACAGGUUCAUUGACCCAGAAGACAAGAAGAAAUUGAGGGAAAUUGAGGAUAUUGGGAAAGACAGCACAAUGGUGUGGUCUGGAUCUAAUUUCAUACUUUGGCGUGAAAUGGUAAACCUCGUGAACAAUGGAAUGGUAUCGAAUAAUCUAAUUGAUGCAUAUUCUGAAUACAUGAUGAGGACUCACAAAACUGAUGAAGGUAUGGAUGGUAAAGCCUUUGUGGUAACGAGUUCCUGCAUGACCUUUCUUGGCAAUAACAGGGAAGAUCUGAUACAAAAGCAUAUGUCAGACAAAAUCCUCAAGUAUGCUCCUGACUGUAGAUUUAUAAUCUUCCCACUCCAUUCUGCUGGGCAUCACAACGCUGCCAAUCACUGGACCACACUUGUGUGUGACAAGGAAGAAGGAUGGCUACAUUUCAAUUCUAUUCUUCCAAGGAAUAAGAAUACAGAGGAUCCAUACCUGAAAGAUGCAACUAGAUUGAAGAAUUACUACAAUACGCUCUUUGGCAUACCAAGUCAAAUUGAGGGUGAUGAUGUUAGAACAAUGUGGGAUGCACCUCAGCAAGCAGCAGACUCGGUAGACUGUGGCAUCAUUUGUAUGUACAUUAUUGAUUGCAUCUUCAACCACAAAAACAUUGAGAAGAAGCUGACAAAAGAGGACAUUUAUAAGAUCAGGGGGAGGCUGGUUCAUUGCUUUAUGAAUGACAAGAAUUAUUCAUGGGAUAUGACAAGUUACCGUGAAAUUCAGAUGAUGCAUAGGGGUUACCUAUGAAUCUUUGUUUGUUAGACUAUUUUGUUAGAUGCUAAGUUAAAGUGUCCUUGAUGACAUCUAGAUGUGAGAAUGACAUCUCUUUUUGUAUAUGUACUAGAUGGCCGUGUAAGUAUUAGAUGGCACUAAUUAUGACUGUAAUGCAGACUAUUAAGUGUUUUCAGGGUAUUAAUACGUUAUGUUAUUAUCCUACUAAUAUACUUGGAGUAUUAAUAAGUUA